AAGCUCUCGGCAGGAUCCAUCGAGAAACUACAGAAGACGUUCAUGGAAGAGUACGACAUCGAUAAAGACGGCAAAAUUGGAAUCUCAGAGAUGGCGCAGCUACUACCUACAGAAGAGAACUUCCUAGUGCUUUUUAAAGCCGAACAUAUGCUCUCUAGUGGAAAGGAUUUCAUGCUG